UGUAUAUAUUCGCACGUUUUCCCUUGCUUUAAUUCUAUCAUUAUUUUUCCUUGUUUAAAGGAGGUUGAAGGCACGUUAUAUAUGUAGAAGAUAAUUAAUAGGUGAGACAACUAAUCAAACAUUUUAUUAAUUCAUCAUGCAUUUCCCACUCCCAUUAAUUUAUUAAUUCAUUAAACCUUAUUCACAAUACAAUUAUAAGGGUGAUGUACUUUAUAUUCCUCUAAUAACGUUAGUUGAGAUCUAUUCCAAUAAUUUGUUUUGCAAUCUUGAAUCAUCACUCUUGUUAGAAAUGCAAUUAAGGAUAGUUAUUGGCUUUAUUGUGUUACUUUGGAUAACGUUCAUGGAGAUACAUUUAAAGAGAAUUACAAUGCAGAUAUUAAGUCUUGUGAGAUUGAAUCGUUGUAAUAAAAAGACUCAAGAUGGUUGUAAAUUGCAGAGUAGUUCAAAAAGAAUUCAACUAAAGGAUGGAAGAUACCUAGCAUACAGAGAAAGAGGAGUUCCGCUGGACAAAUCCAUAUACAGAAUCAUCACUGUUCAUGGGCUUCACAGCGCCAAAGAAGUUGAUGUUCUUGCAAGCCAAGAAGUGCUUGAGGAAAUGAGUAUCUAUAUGGUACAAUAUGACAGAGCUGGAUAUUGGGAAAGUGAUCAAAACAUGAAAAGGUCAGUAGAAAGUGAAGGUUGUGACAUUGAAGAAUUGGCGGAUCAACUACAAAUAGGAUCUAAAUUCUAUUUAAUUUCAAAUUCUGCGGGAUGUUAUCCUACCUGGAAUUGCCUCAGGCGCAUACCACACAGGAUAAAAGGCGUGGCUUUUAUGGCUCCGAUGAUCAACUACAAAUGGAAAUCUCUUCCUCCAGAUUUAAUCAAAUACGACAAUACGAACAAGCUUGUGCGAAUAAUUUAUUGGUUCUGUUGUCAUUAUCCUCAACUACUCUACUCUAUUUUCAUACAACAAUUUGACGGGGUUCCAUUGUGCACUGCCUCUUUGUUUACCGAUAAGGACAAGCAGGAUGAGCAAUCUGAUAAUAUGAAACGUUAUCCGACUCAAAAUGCUUUCGAGUACUCUGUUCUUCAAGAUUUUAGGGUGGGUCUGGGAAAUUGGGAGUUUGAUCCACUAGAAAUGGAAAAUCCAUUCCCUCAAAAUGAAAGCUCAGUUCAUAUUUGGCAUGGCAAAAUGGACGAUGUAGUAACUAGUACCUUACAAAGAUAUGUAUGUGAAAGGUUACCUUGGAUUCAUUAUCAUGAAGUUCCUGAUGUUCCACAUGAUUUCUGGAAGGCUGGUCCUGUUGGUGAACCCAUCUUGAGGUCCUUUCUGCUUCCCCAACAACAUCCAUAUCCCAAUUUACAGGGCUAGUCCAAGCAAUACGCUCCUUGUUAGGGUUUUGCCUUCAUUGCUCGUAGUACUACUUGCUUCUGCUUCAAUUGUCAAAUUCGAUAACAUAAAAAAACAGAUUCUAGUCUGGUUAUGUUAUUGCUCUGUAAUGUUGAUUGAGUUUUAUUACCAAACAUGGUUACUGAGUUUGUUAUCAAACAUGGAUUCCUUCAUUGUUCGUAUUACUAUCUGCUUCUGCUGCAUAAUCAAACUUCCUUAGAAUGAAUACUGUUACUCUUGCUAUGUUUCCUUCUGUAAUGUUGUAUUGUUUAGUUUUAGCUAUAGCA